GCCUCUUCCUCUGCACGACGUCGCUCGGUCACACUCUGCAACAUGACACUGAAGGUCCUCUUCGUCGCAGCAGCUGUGCUCUGCCUCGCCCAGGCGGCCCCGCAGAGAUACGAUACCCUGGGCGUCCUGCAGCCCGAGACACCUCGUGACCUGGGUGCCUACGAGAACAUCGUCGGCGCCACCAUCGACGUGCUGCCGGAAAUCGUCGAGGUCUUCCGCAAGGUCUCCCAGAACCGCGACAGGGCCAACGACCCCGAGAGCGUCCAGCAGAUCAUGCUGGACUUCAUGCCCAUCACCAGGAAGGUCAUGGAGGCCACAGCGAAGGCGGAGGGCAACAACAUCUCGCAGGACACGUACCAGCGCUUCAACGCCGCCGAGAAGGUCAUGCCUCACGUGGUCACCUUCAUGAACCAGCUGCGGGAGAUGGACUUCUUCGGAGUGUCCACGACCCCGACUUCGCCUGCAUAUGGGUAUGCCCAGCACUGAGGCCUUCUGCUUGCCUUCAAACAGGCGUUCAAGCAGUUCCUCUAAUCAAGCCUUAAUCAGUAGUUUAUAUCCACUGAUACCCUCUUCCCUUGUGCUUUCCCCAAUUUCAUAUGUUCAUAUGUA